AAGAUAAACCUAAUGAAAAUCCUCCUCCUUCUGAUAAUCAAGACACUUCUACUCUAAAUUCUCUCACUCCUGAACAAAAACAAGAACAUUUUAGAAAUCUUAAAGAAGAAGCCGAGAAGGAAGCUCAAAAACGCGGAACUUCUUUAAAUAAACUUAAACAAUCUGAUAUUCCCGAAACUUAUCUUGAUUUUAGUGAACAUGAACAACAAUUUAACCUUUUACAGGAAUAUUUAAAUCAAAGAAUUAAAGUUGCUCAACUUAAUCAGAAAAUAAGACCUUCCUUAGAAAUACUCAUUAAAGCCCAAACUUAUAUUGCUUGGCAAGCCCAAUUAGCUAAAUAUCGCAAAAUGUUCCAUACUCCUUUGGAACUGAAA